GUAGUAGUGAUAUAGCGGCCCAGUGGGAUUGGCGAGGAGAGUGCGAGUCCGAGGCCACUCCGCCAACAAUUAAUUAAAUCGAUCUGACGGAGAGGUUUGGGGGUUUAGGGUUACAUCUAGAUAACAAUACAGAAGAGCCUGAAUCGGAGAUUAGAUGGGGCGUCGCCAUUACAGAAGCAGCGACUCGUCAAGUGAUGAUGAUGAAUACAAGAAGAACAAGAGAGGUAGAGAAGACGAUGAGCGAGUAGGGCGUAAACGAUCUGAUGAUGUCGACAAGGAGGUGGUUGUGGAGAGAGAUGCGACCAAACUUCCUGAUGAUUCUGAAAUCAAGAGGAGAGGAGGUAGUAAGAGAGAUAGAGAAAUGGAUAGAGAUAGAGAUAGAGAUAGAGAAAGAGAGAGAUAUAGGGAGAGAGAUGGAGAGCGGGAGAGAGAUCGAGAGAGAUAUAGAGAGAGAGACGGAGAUGGCCGCCGCCGCCGCCGGGAUGCUGAGGAGGAUGAGGAUAGGAAACACGAAGAUGAUGAUAAGAAGAAUGGGCGACGAAGCAGCAGCACCAGAAGAAGCGACGAUAUCCGUGAUAGAUCUGGUCGUCGGAGUAGGCAUUCUGAUGUCGAUGAUGAUUUGGAGGAAGGCCAGAUUCGUAAGACAUCAAAAAGUGAUGAUAAUGGUGAGAAGAGGACGAGUAGGAAGGAGGACAGGAGAGAUGAUAAUUCGAAACAGGAGACAACUAAUGUCUUACCUCCCCCACCCCCUCUUGACAGUCGGACUGGCGGGGUUUAUAUUCCCCCUUUUAAGUUGGCUAGAAUGCUUAACCAAGUGGAGGAUAAGUCUAGUGUUGAGUAUCAGAGAUUGACUUGGGAUGCCUUGAGGAAGAGUAUUAAUGGUCUUGUCAAUAAAGUUAAUGCUACAAACAUCAAGAAUAUCAUUCCUGAGCUAUUUGCCGAGAAUCUCAUUAGAGGCAGAGGCUUAUUUUGUCGUUCUUGUAUCAAGUCUCAGAUGGCUUCUCCUGGUUUCACUGAUGUCUUUGCUGCACUUGUUGCUGUUGUCAACACUAAGUUUCCCCAAGUCGGUGAUCUUCUUUUGAGAAGAAUCAUUCUUCAACUGCAAAGGGCCUAUAAAAGGAAUGACAAGCCCCAAUUACUAGCCGCCGUCAAGUUCAUAGCACAUCUUGUCAAUCAACAAAUAGUUCAUGAGCUUGUAGCUCUGGAACUACUCACAACAUUGUUGGAGAAUCCUACUGAUGACAGUGUAGAGGUUGCUGUUGGCUUUGUUACCCAAUGUGGGUCAAUCCUACAAGACCUCUGUCCCCGAGGUUUGCAUGGUAUUUUUGAACGUUUCCGUGGAAUAUUACAUGAAGGAGAGAUUGACAAGCGGGUUCAGUUUUUGAUCGAAGGUUUAUUUGCCAUACGUAAAGCCAAAUUUCAGGGUUACCCAGCUAUCCGUCCGGAGCUAGACCUGGUUGAGCAAGAAGAUCAACUGACCCAUGAAAUAUCACUUUUAGAUCAAAUAGAUCCUGAGAUUGCUUUGGAUAUUUUUAAGCCAGACCCACAAUUUAUUGAAAAUGAACAACGAUAUGAAGAACUGAAGAAAAACCUGCUUGGAGAAGAGUCUGAAGAUGAAGCCGACUCAGAUGCAGCAACAGAUGAUGAAGAGGAUGAAGAUGAUGAAUCUGAUGAAGAGCAAAUGAGAAUAAGAGAUGAAACAGAAACAAAUCUUGUGAAUCUUAGAAGGACAAUCUACCUAACAAUAAUGUCUAGUGUUGAUUUUGAAGAAGCUGGUCAUAAGCUUUUGAAAAUUAAGCUAGAGCCUGGACAAGAGAUGGAGCUCUGCAUUAUGUUGCUAGAAUGCUGCAGCCAAGAAAGAACUUAUCUUCGUUAUUAUGGUCUUCUGGGUCAAAGAUUUUGCCUGAUCAACAAGAUUCAUCAAGAAAAUUUUGAGAAAUGCUUUGUGGAGCAAUAUUCAAUGAUUCACCGGCUUGAAACAAAUAAGUUGCGUAAUGUGGCAAAAUUUUUUGCACAUCUUCUUGGCACUGAUGCUCUACCAUGGCAGGCCCUAGCUUACAUACGGCUGACUGAGGACGCGACUACUUCUUCGUCUCGUAUUUUCAUCAAGAUACUUUUCCAGGAAUUAUCAGAGCAUCUAGGGAUUCGCCUUUUGAAUGAGAGGCUGAGUGAUCCCACAAUGCAGGACACUUUCGAGUCGAUAUUCCCGAGGGACAACCCCAAGAAUACGAGAUUCUCAAUCAACUUUUUCACAUCCAUUGGGCUUGGUGGCAUCACUGAAAACUUGAGAGAGUACUUAAAGAAUAUGCCUCGCCUUAUAAUGCAACAGCAGAAGCCAGUUUCCGAAUCUGAAGACGACUCUGACACUAGUAGUGCUGAUUCAGAUGCAUCUAGUUCUGAAUCAGAAUCGGGUUCAUCAAGUGAAAGUGAAAGUGAAAGUGAUGACAGACAAAAGAAGAAGCGGAGGAGACGAUAGAACGCGAUAUAUGUUUCCGGGAUAUGGAAUGGAAUAUUGAGGUGAUUAAUAUCUGUUUUAAACCUGGUACUUGAUUAAAUCAUUUGCAAAGUCAGGCCAUCUCAUGGCACAUUGGAGAGUAAUCUCAUAUAAGAGAUGGUUAGAUGAAAAGACGAUGACUGUUGUCCACCUCAGUUUCUAUUUCUGGGUAACUUGUAAGCGGUGGGAUCCCCUGCAUAGCAUAUGCAGUCUGAAGUAGAUGUUCUGGCAUGGAAUCUCCUGGCCCCAUUAAGUGAAACAAAUGUAUGUUUUGUGUUGAUGCUUGCAGCAGUCUGUUAGUUUAAGGGGUUAUUUUCUUAUACAUCAGAGUCUGCUUUAUUUUUUAACACCCUUCGGAAGUUGCUUGAAUGUGUUUUUAUUUAAGUUUAUGACCUAGGGUGUAUAACUGAUUAAGACAUGUCAAUGUUCAGUGAGUAUUUAUAUUAUAUGCGUACUGAAGUUUAGGUUUA